UUCGAGGGUAGAGGAGUGAAGUCGCAAUAGAUUCCAAUUGUAAAUCUGCUUCGACAGAGAGAAGAGGGUCAGGUAGAGGAGGAAGAAGGACCCUGCAUCAGUUCUCUCUGUAGUCUAUUGAGAUAAGAAUUCUCAGAUCUAAUUGUAGUUUCUGCACAUAAGAGGCUUAAAAAAUGUCGUCUACCUUCAGCGGCGAUGAAACUGCUCCAUUCUUCGGCUUCCUUGGUGCUGCAGCUGCCCUAGUUUUCUCCUGUAUGGGAGCUGCUUAUGGAACCGCAAAGAGUGGUGUUGGUGUGGCAUCUAUGGGUGUUAUGAGACCAGAGCUUGUGAUGAAAUCGAUCGUUCCGGUCGUUAUGGCUGGAGUUUUAGGUAUUUAUGGAUUGAUUAUUGCCGUCAUCAUCAGUACCGGAAUAAAUCCCAAGGCCAAAUCUUAUUACCUUUUUGAUGGUUAUGCACACCUUUCUUCUGGUCUUGCUUGUGGUCUCGCUGGACUCUCUGCUGGUAUGGCGAUUGGGAUCGUUGGUGAUGCUGGCGUUAGAGCUAAUGCACAGCAGCCAAAACUCUUCGUUGGAAUGAUCCUGAUUCUCAUCUUUGCUGAAGCCUUGGCUCUUUAUGGACUCAUUGUUGGUAUCAUCCUCUCUUCCAGAGCUGGUCAGUCGAGAGCAGACUGAGAAAUAGAGCCCUGCUAUUCUUGUGUGCUUUGUUGGUAUCAUUUGGAAGGUCAUUCUUCACAGCCGAGUAAUCGUAGUUCAGCAUGUUUUGUCUUCUCAAAUUCUUCACUGGGAACAUGAUUGUUUCACUGCCUUCAUUUGGUGGUUACUUUGUACUGCUGAUAGAAUUAAGGAAUUUCUUACCAAAUAAAGCUCAUGAAACUUUUCAUUUA